AAGUGUUGUGAUUGGUGGCAAUGGAUCUGUAUGAGUAGUGUUAAGGAGGUGGCCGUUGGCCUAUCAUUGAAGCUGCAUCUGUGCUUCUCCUUGUGUAAGCAGAGGAGUUACCCAGUUACGUGGACAGGGACCCAAAUAUGCACUGAAAGAGAUAGUUGUGAUGGAAUAAGUUGAGGGGGGCUGAGCUAAAUUUAGCAUCAGAUGGGGACCAUGGUAUUGAAAGCAACAUGUCAAUAACAGAUGUGAAUAAAUCUUGCAUUUCAUUUUGUUACUUUCUUCAGAGUUUUUUAUGCUAUUCAUGUUUUGAAAGAGAUGGGGAGGACAGGCAAAUGGCUCAGGAACUUGUUGACAGGGAAGAGAGACAGAGAAAAAGAGAAGGAAAAAUGUAGUACAAACUCGUGUCUGUUAAAUGGAACAACAGAGAAUCCAACAACUCCUGCUUCUUCAACAACAACAAUAACAACAACAACCCCCAAGGAGAAAAGAAGGUGGAGUUUCAGGAGAUCAUCAGCUUCCAGGGAACUGAAUCUUGCAGAAUCUGGUGUCACUGCCUCAGUGACAGUGCAAACUACCACCACAGAUGCUGAGAAUGAUCAAAGGAAACAUGACACUGUGGUGGCUCUGGUGCCUGCUAUCAUCUGCUUGACUCCUGAUUCCAAUAUAUCGUCAACAAGUAUUGAAGAGGCUGCAGCCAUUAAAAUUCAGUCAGUUUUUCGGUCCUACUUGGCAAGAAAGGCACUGUGUGCUCUUAGAGGACUGGUGAAGUUGCAGGCACUGGUGAGGGGUCACUUGGUGAGAAAACAGGCCAGGGAGACACUAAGAUGCAUGCAGGCUUUGGUCGUAGCACAAGCCAGGGCUCGUGCUCAGAGGGCAAGGAUCGUGUCAGAAGGAAAGGUUGAUCAAAAUCUUUCACCCUACAGAAUGUCCCCAGAGGACAACUUCUUCAUGCACAUGUAUAAUGAAAUGGAAAGUGGUCUGGAAUUGGAAGAGAAUGCCAAGAUUGUUGAGAUGGCUGUUUGCGAAUCCAAAGCUAACUCCAGAGGCAGAAAAAGCUCUCCAAAUCGAGAACUUUCUGAUCACAGAUUUUCUACAUAUUACUCAUCAAAUGGUUCAUACUCAAAGGAGGAAAACUACAAUGCAUCACCUGCACCAUCAACACUGACAGAAUUGAGUCCGAGAGCAUACAGUGGUCAUUUUGAGGAUUGUUCCUUCAGCACAGCACAAAGCAGUCCCUAUUACAACAACACAAAGCUACCUUUUUCCUUCCCUAAACCAGCCUACACAGAAGCCAUGUCCUAUGACUACCCUUUAUUUCCAAACUACAUGGCCAACACAGAAUCAUCAAGGGCCAAAUCCAGAUCACAGAGUGCACCAAAGGCAAGGCCAGAUUCUGUUGAGAGGCAGCCAAGCAGAAGAAGGGCUUCAAUGGAAGGGAGAAAUGUCCCAAAGCCAGUCAGGAUGCAGAGGUCAUCUUCUCAUGUUGGUGUCACUGCUCAAAACUACCAAUAUCCUUGGUCAAUAAAGCUUGACAGGUCCAUAGUCAGUGAGUGUGGCUCUACAAGCACAGUGCUCACAAACUCUAAUUACUACUGCACAUGAUCCUGAUGUGAGUACUGCUACUAACCAAUCUCAUGUGACAUGUUCUCACCACAAAACUGAAUUGAUAGGGCAACACAAAAACAACUCAAAGGAACCAUGUCUAUUAACAAUAAUAGUCUUGCAUAAAGGCUAGGUCAUGUCACUUAGUUUUGUUAAUACUGUUUGAUCUGAUAAGGUUUCACUAUUGCUUGUUUUAGCUGCAGCCUCAUGGACUUUCCACUGCAACAGAGUACCCGUUUUGCAGCAAAUUAAUCUUUUAGACUCUGCAUUUACAAAUUAAGGGUCCUAGCUUCCAAGGAUUUUCCUUUCUUUAUUUUUGAGUGAAGUUCAAAGUUUGAAGAGUGUCUUCUUGUAUUUACUGUCAUGUGGAUUACACUACGACUACGAGAACAGAUUUUAA